AUGGAGACCCGCACUCAAGCCCAUCAACCACCUCAACCAUCCAAAGAGGCGGCUUAUGCUCAAGCUUCCAACCCCGUCUCUCAGACACCGUCCGAGCAACGUACCCCUGCACCUGCGCGUCAGUACGGUGAUCCCACCGCUUCCAUCACUCGCGGUCCCAGCUCACAGCCUUCCAACGACGAGGCCCGCGAACGCCUGGAAGCCGAGCGCCGGCAGCAUCGCAAGGAGAUGGAGAUGUCCCGUGACGUCGACACCGAAUACGGCAUUGAGCAGCAACCCGCCGAGGGCUACAUUGCCGACACCGUCUUGCGCAAGGGUAUGGGGAUGCAGCGAGCGCAGGCGGGCGCUCAUGCUGCACCUGUGGGCAACGCACGAGGACCUGGCCACCCCGGCUUUGGGGAGGAGAGGGAUCUGGCCGCGAAUAUGGAUGAGAAGCGGGCAGAGCACGAUCGGAUUCUAGCCGAGAGGAAUGCGCAAAGCCCGGCGACUGAUGUUGCGGAGAGGGAAGCUGUCAGGGAACGCAAAAUGCAGGAGAAUGAGGAAGUUGAGAGGGCGUUGAAGGAGGGUUCGGGGACUCCUGUUGUCAGCUAG